ACGGUGACAAAGUGACACGGUGACAUGGUGACACGGUGACAGCCCUUAGCGUGCAGCCACGGCUACGCCCGCUGGACGGACAUCCAGAACGACGGCGCCUUCGGGGUCAUCAACGAACCCUUCAAGGGCGAAGCGUCCAAGGGGAACUUCCUGGAGAUGAAGAACAAGUUCCUCGCACGCCGCUUCAAGCUGCUGGAGCAGGCGCUGGUGAUCGAGGAGCAGCUGCGGCGCGCCGCCUACCUGAACAUGACCCAGGACCCCAGCCACCCCGCCAUGGCCCUGAACACGCGCUUCGCCGAGGUCGAGUGCCUGGCCGAGAGCCACCAGCACUUGUCCAAGGAGUCGCUGGCGGGCAACAAGCCCGCGAACGCCGUCCUGCACAAGGUGCUGAACCAGCUGGAGGAGCUGCUGAGCGACAUGAAGGCCGACGUCACCC